AUGGCUCUCGCUCCCUCCCUCUGCUUGUUUUGUUGCGGGGGGAGGGGGAGGGUAGUGGGGUGGGUGUCCUGCAAGCGGUCGAGUCUUCUCCUGGCACAGGCAGCGAGCGACCAAAAAUGUCGUUGCCCUUGUUCGCUUCCUUUAAGACAAGGCUGUCCCGCGUCCGCUCGAGCCAUGCCAGCCCACGCCGUGCCGUAUCAUGCUCCUUUGGCAGGUCACACUGACGCUCAUUCGUUCUGUUCUGCGACUCGACCCGACUCGAGGUCCCCUGCUUUGGUCACCUGCAGUGGUCUGUAUCGUCUUGUGGACUUGACGCCGUGUUGGGUACUUCCGUCGACACCACCGAUACUCACCCACGACAUCCAUUGGCAACAGUCCUCGGGUGCCAACCGCAUUGAUCCCGUCAAGGUGGACGCCGAACAGAGCAUCCCGAACCUUGAGUCUCUUCUCUGUGCUCCCUCUCUCAUGUCUCGUCGCUACUACAUCGAGACGUCUCCCUCCGGCCGGCCGCAAUUCGUCACCCUGAAGCGCUCUCGCUCGCACCACCACCACCAUCACCACCGGCCCAUCGAGCACGACGACUGCUUCGUCAGCAGGGAGGACUGGAAAGCUCUCGUCGAGCGGGAGCGCUGCCUGCGCGACGCCAACGACGUGCUGACCCGUGACAAUUACACCCUCAAAUGCACCCUGCAGGCCACGGACGGCGAGCUGCGCCGCUACCAGGCCUGGGUGCCGCAGCUGCAGGACCGCAUCCAGUGUCUCGCCGCCGACAAUGCCGCGCUCAAGAGGUCGCUCGACAGCGCCGGCGGCCACUCGGAGAAGCACUACCGCGAAAUUGAACGCCUCAAGCAGAGGCUGCUCAAGGCCGACAGGGAGAUUGGCGGGCUCAACGACCGCCUCAAGGAUAUGCUGCGGAGGGCCGGUCACGGCGUCCAGGAUCGCAUCGACGACCUGACGGGCAUCAUCCACGACUGGAAGCGCAAGUUUGAGGUCGUGGACGAGCACAAUAUUCGUCUGCGCCGCGAUCUGGAUAAUCGAAACUCGGUCAUUUCGGAACAGUUCGAGCGCAUCGAGGCGUAUGAGCGAAUCAUGAGGCGGCAUGGGCUUGUGCCGCGGUGA